AUGCCCCAUCACGCGGUUGUGCGACAAGAGGCGGUCGCCACGAAACUCCGCGUUCUAUUUGAUGCGUCGUCCCACUUGCCAGGUCAGCAAUCGUUGAAUACUCUCCUGAUGAAAGGGCCGAAGCUAAACGCAGAUCUGCUCCAUCUUCUGUUGCAGUUCCGCUGCAGCUCCACGGUUUUAACCGCCGACAUCAGGAAGGCAUACCUGCAAAUCAUCAUUCGCCCCGAAGACAGAGAUUUCCUUCGCUUUCUGUGGGUAAGGGAUGUACGGCAGGCAUCCAACGACAGCAAUCUCGAACUUGUCGAGUGGCGGAUGACUAGAGUCCCUUUCGGAGCUACUUCGAGUCCAUUUCUGCUAGCAGCAACGCUGCAACACCACUUUGAGAUAGUUUGCUCGGAUUAUCCCAACGCCGUAUCCCGCCUCCGGACGGGGUUUCAUGUCGACGAUCUGGUCGUCGGCUGA